GAUGCGGGAGGGCUCACAAGGCAGACACUUUUGAACGGGACACCUUGGGCAGCCCCCACCAAUGCCCCUUGCCUGGGCUUGAGGACGGCCAUGGAGCUGAGAGCCCUCCUCCUCCUGCCGCUCUGCUUCCCAGCUCUCCAAGCCCAACCACCUGAUGCCGAGGAGAGACAAACAGAAGGAAGCACUCUGUCUAUCCAGUGUCCUUACACAGCACGGACUGACUCCCAGCAGCAGAAAGCCUGGUGCCGCGUGAGAGAUGGACAAUGUGAGCCCUUAGCGGAAACAACCAAGCCAGCACGAUACCCAUACACAAACACGGCCACAAAGGGAAAAGUUACGAUACUGGAUGACAGCCAGCAUAGAACUGUGUCCAUCACCAUGACCAACCUCCAGGCAGAGGACUCAGGCACAUACUCCUGUGCUUACCUUUCUGACAGUUCCCAAUAUAUUCCCCUAAGGACGAUCUCACUGAUUGUUUUCAAGGGUCUCCAAGCCCAACCACCUGAUGCCGAGGAGAGACAAACAGAAGGAAGCACUCUGUCUAUCCGGUGUCCUUACACAGCACGGACUGACUCCCAGCAGCAGAAAGCCUGGUGCCGCGUGAGAGAUGGACAAUGUGAGCUCUUAGCAGAAACAACCAAGCCAGCACGAUACCCAUACACAAACACGGCCACAAAGGGAAAAGUUACGAUACUGGAUGACAGCCAGCAUAGAACUGUGUCCAUCACCAUGACCAACCUCCAGGCAGAGGACUCAGGCACAUACUCCUGUGCUUACCGUUACGACAGUUCCUGGUAUAUUCCCCUGAGGACGAUCUCACUGAUUGUUUUCAAGGCUCUCCAAGCCCAACCACCUGAUGCCGAGGAGAGACAAGCAGAAGGAAGCACUCUGUCUAUCCGGUGUCCUUACACAGCACGGACUGACUCCCAGCAGCAGAAAGCCUGGUGCCGCGUGAGAGAUGGACAAUGUGAGCUCUUAGCAGAAACAACCAAGCCAGCACGAUACCCAUACACAAACAAGGCCACAAAGGGAAAAGUUACGAUACUGGAUGACCGCCAGCAUAAAACUGUGUCCAUCACCAUGACCAACCUCCAGGCAGAGGACUCAGGCACAUACUCCUGUGCUUACCGUUCUGACAGUUCCCAAUAUAUUCCCCUAAGGACGAUCUCACUGAUUGUUUUCAAGGGUCUCCAAGCCCAACCACCUGAUGCCGAGGAGAGACAAGCAGAAGGAAGCACUCUGUCUAUCCAGUGUCCUUACACAGCAGGGACUGACUCCCAGCAGCAGAAAGCCUGGUGCCGCACAAGAGAUGGACAAUGUGAGCUCUUAGCAGAAACAACCAAGCCAGCACGAUACCCAUACACAAACACGGCCACAAAGGGAAAAGUUACGAUACUGGAUGACGGCCUGUAUAGAACUGUUUCCAUCACCAUGACCAACCUCCAGGCAGAGGACUCAGGCACAUACUCCUGUGCUUACCAUCACAACAGUUCCUGGUAUAUUCCCCUGAGGACGAUCUCACUGAUUGUUUUCAAGGCUCUCCAAGCCCAACCACCUGAUGCCGAGGAGAGACAAGCAGAAGGAAGCACUCUGUCUAUCCGGUGUCCUUACACAGCACGGACUGACUCCCAGCAGCAGAAAGCCUGGUGCCGCGUGAGAGAUGGACAAUGUGAGCCCUUAGCGGAAACAACCAAGCCAGCACGAUACCCAUACACAAACAAGGCCACAAAGGGAAAAGUUACGAUACUGGAUGACGGCCUGUAUAGAACUGUGUCCAUCACCAUGACCAACCUCCAGGCAGAGGACUCAGGCACAUACUCCUGUGCUUACCAUUCCGACAGUUACUGGUAUAUUCCCCUAAGGACGAUCUCACUGAUUGUUUUCAAGGAGCUGCACACGUGGGAGCAGGACACUCUCUCUGUGCAGUGCCCCUACAGUGGCCUGGCGUACGGCAUGGGGACGAAAGUCUGGUGUCGAAGAGAAGGUCAGACUGCGUGUAAAACUGUGGCAAGAUCAGAUUACCCUUCAACACGGCAUAACAGCCAAGCUCUGGAAGACAGAACAGUGAUCCAGGAUGACACCCAGAAAAGGACUGUCAACAUUACCAUGCAGAAGCUGCAGGCCCAGGACAGCGGCAUGUACUGGUGUGCAUUAUAUAGAGGUCCUGAACUCAUCCGGAUAAUGGACUUCCAGCUCUCUGUGUCCAAGACGUCGGCUGGAACACCUUUGUCAGGUACUGCAAGCACAAGUCUAACAACUCUUUCUGUCACCACCCCACCACCGAGCUCAAAUGUACACACCUUCAACAUACUCCCUGGGGUCCUGAGCAUCCUGUUCAUCCUGGCACUUACCAGCUCGGUAACACUGUGCGUCAGGCAGCACAAGCAGCUGAAGAGAAGAGGUAACAGACAAGCAGAGGACACCUAUGACAAACCAGAGGACAUAGCACAGCUUGACAGUACUGAAAGAAUGGAAAGUCCCAAGGAUGACGGCGAAGACCUAAAAUAUGUUACCCUGAACUAUAAAUCCCGACUCAGUGAUGAGGAUCCUCUCUACUGUAAUGUUGAACGAAGUCAGGCUCACAGGAAACCCGAAGAUGAAAAUGUAGAAUAUGCUAUCAUUGCACUCAAGCAGUUACCGACAAGUGAGAAAGGCUGAAGCACAGAAUCCCCAAGUAAUCCAGAAAUGGGAGAAAAGAAUAAGAAGUGGGAAUGGGGAGCAGAAGAUGUGUGGAUGGACACUGGGGAAAGAUCUAAGUUUUUGUUGCCGUGUGUAUGUUGCCUGUACAAUUAGAAGCCAGUAGAGAAUUUUGCCACAAUUGUGCAGAUUCUCUCGGGUCAGACAGAGGUGCUGGGCAAUUCUCAGGAUCUCUUGUGCAUCUGCUUUCUUCGGUCCCAUUAAAAUGCAGACUCUUUUGGAAAGGCAGGUGUGGAGGACUGACCUUUUGAAAAAGAGCAAUAUUUGUCUGGACAUGAAUAGGUUUGCUAUUUCAGCUGUGUUCACUGAUAGAAACUCUGUCCCACUCCUACAGGCUCAGCUACUAUGGCCAAGCAAACUCAUUCCAGUGCUGUAGGGAUAAAACUCUAACCUUGCUGUGACCCGGUCCGUUUGCCAUGUAAUGGGUGGGGGAUACGAGCACUGGAUUAUAAGAAUAAGCAGAACCAGCAUCUGCCAGGAGGCAAAUAGCUUGAGGGUGUAUUGCAACACAGUGAUAUGCUGCAUUGCAAACUUUGCAAACUGAGGAUUGUGCUGUAUGAAUCUGAGCACCAGAAGGCCUUGUAGCUACAAAACAACAAUGGUGUAUACAAGUAAUAUAUACUCUUUUUGAAACUUAAUGCAAAUUCCCCUAUAACCUAAAUUUAUCAGUCUGCUUAGGUAAGUAAAAUAGUAAGAGGCUUUCAAACUAAAGCUAAAUGUUGAGCUUUAGAUCAAGAAAUAGAGUGUGCACUCCGGAAUUUGAGGGUAGGAGGGAAUGAAGGUGAUGACACUACUGAGUGCAUGGGGUUGUGGGAUGGAUUCAAUGUGGCCCCUGUGGAUUACACUAGGGAAAGUCUCCAACGCUGUACCCUCUAGACAACUUAUUCUUUCCAAGCUUGAAGACUGACUUGCUCUCAGGGUCAUCCACAGCCACAGCAUAUUUAUGCAGUCUUUGAGGCCUCUACAUUGAAAAUAAGAAGCUGAAAUCAGAAGUUACAGGCAUGGCUUCCCAUGGGUAGCUUGUGCAGACUGCCCGGUCCUUUCACCACCUCCUAAUCAAAGGCCAUUACUUGGUUCAACAAAACUUUGUUCUGGCUGGUCUGCUGUCUUACACCAUCUGUUCCCCAAUAACACACAAACUGGCUGCUUAAACCAAGGUAGUGUGGAAUCAAAUAAGCAGGAAGAACCAAAACUGAGUAUUUCUGUAGAAAGGAGGGAAGGGAACAACACUGGGACAGUUUUGAACAGAAUUUGCCUUGCUGUGCUAACUGCAAGGAUGAGCCCUGAGACAAGACAUGAGGAAGGUCUGUACAGGCAGUAGCACACAGCAAGAAACUGGCAGCCUGCGCAAAGUAGUUGCAGGAAUUAUGACACAGACAAGAGAGGAAGAAGUAUGAGCACAAGAGGGCUGUUCUCAACAUCAGCUGAUAUAACAGAAGGACAGGAUGUUAAUUAGAGUGGAUUAUUUGUAGACGUAAAUGUCCAAGUAAGUCAGACACACAAUAUAUUUAUGGAUCCCCAGUGCAGCUCUGAUGCAGGUUGGCAAUUUCCGAGAGCUGCCCCAGGAACACUAAACUAGCUGGGACCUCAUCAAACCCUGCUAUCCUGAAUAAUGACAACAUAAACUAUCAAACAUGUUUUUCCAAUGCAUUUAGUCUCUUGCCUUCAUUGUUAUAAGGCAUCUUUGUAUUGCUUCAGGAAUCACUACCCAGCCAGUCUCAGAUUAGUUCUGUUCUUUUGCAGCACUGUG